UCACAUAUAACGGAGAUUCGCAGUAUUCCAGAAGCUUUGCCUUAUUUCAUAACCCCCAAAGCGGUAGACGACAAUUCAACACUUCUGCAACAAUUACCACACUGGGCAGCUUGUUAUACGCAAGCUUUAGAGUUCCUUACCCCAGCAUAUAAAGGCCACCCUCGAGUCAUGGCUUAUGUUCUCAGGGUGUUGGAAUCUUAUCCUCCUGAUAGAGUGACAUUCUUUAUGCCUCAGUUGGUGCAGGCACUAAGACAUGAUGAAGGGAAGUUGGUCGAGGGUUACCUUCUUAGAGCUGCUCAACGAAGUGAUAUUGCCCAUAUUCUGAUAUGGCACUUACAGGGUGAAGAAGCCUGUGUUCCUGAGGCAGGGGCCGGGGCAGGAGCAGGGGCAAAAGAUGCACCUUUUUCAGCUUUGCUUCCAGUAGUAAGAGAAAAAAUAAUUGAUGGUUUCAGUCCCAAAGCGCGUGCUAUUUUUCAAAGAGAAUUUGAUUUCUUUGACAAGGUUACAUCUAUAUCCGGUGUCCUCUUUCCAAUUCCAAAAGAGGAUAGGCGAGCUGGCAUAAGAAAAGAAUUGGAGAAAAUCCAAGUUGAUGGAGAUGACCUCUACCUACCUACAGCUCGGCAACUUGUAAGGGGUAUACAGGUUGAUAGUGGAAUACCUUUACAAUCAGCAGCAAAAGUCCCUAUAAUGAUAACAUUCAAUGUCGUGGACCGGGAUGGGGAUCAUAAUGAUAUAAAGCCUCAAGCUUGUAUUUUCAAGGUUGGAGAUGACUGCCGACAAGAUGUACUUGCUUUGCAAGUUAUUUCACUUUUGAAGGACAUCUUUGAAGCUGUUGAUCUUAGUCUCUAUGUGUUUCCUUAUGGAGUACUCCCAACUGGCCCAGAGAGAGGAAUUAUUGAGGUUGUGCCUAAUUCUCGAAGUAGGAGUCAGAUGGGCGAGACCACUGAUGGUGGUCUAUAUGAGAUAUUUCAACAGGACUUUGGGCCAGUUGGAUCACCCAGCUUUGAAACUGCUAGGGAGAAUUUUCUCAUUAGCAGUGCUGGAUAUGCAGUUGCUAGCCUCUUGCUUCAACCAAAAGAUAGGCAUAAUGGGAAUCUUUUGUUUGACAGUGUAGGUAGGCUCGUUCAUAUUGAUUUUGGUUUUAUCUUGGAAACUUCUCCUGGUGGAAACAUGAGGUUUGAAAGUGCUCACUUCAAACUGAGUCACGAGAUGACUCAACUACUCGACCCAUCAGGGGUGAUGAAAAGUGAUACGUGGUACCAGUUCGUAAGCUUGUGUGUAAAGGGUUACCUUGCUGCACGACGCUACAUGGAUGGGAUCCUAAGUACAGUGGCCAUGAUGCUCGACAGCGGGUUGCCUUGCUUCAGCAGAGGAGAUCCUAUUGGAAAUCUUCGAAAGAGGUUCCAUCCAGAGAUGAGCGAGCGCGAAGCAGCCAAUUUUAUGAUUCGCAUAUGCACCGAUGCCUACAAUAAGUGGACGACGGCUGGAUACGAUUUGAUUCAAUAUCUCCAGCAAGGCAUUGAGAAAUGAGGAAGUUGUAUAAUCUUGGUCUCGUUAUGGUUUUUGACGCUUGUAUCUUGUAGCUGGGAAAUGAGGAGAAAACCACGAAAUAUAGGUGCUAUUUAUUUUGCUGGGGAUCGAUGCUCCUGUUAAUUUAUUUAAUUUAUAUUUUUUGUGGUUUCGUUUAAACCUUUUCAGAUAGAACUGAGAAACAGAGUUGCGAUGUGUGGUGUGAUCCAUCAACUUGUAAAAA